CCGGCUCGGGUCUCGCCGGGGCUGCAAGCGGGGACAGAGGAGGCGGCGCUGGGCGAGCGCGAACGGCUUCCUUCGGACCCCGGGGCUCCACUUCUGCGCUAGGGGUGCGGGAAGAGGAGGGUGCCUCUGAGCUCCUGCAGAGCGCGUUUGCCUCUUCUCUGGGCGGCUGCCCUUCCCCUCGGCUGCCAGCCUGGGCUAUAUAAUCCCUCCCCCCCCUUUCAGGUCUGAGUGGAAAGCUCGUGUUUUAGCCACGGGCAACAGAUAGCUUAGGGAUUUCAUUUUUGUUCCCAGUUUUUUUUCUGGCGCCUUGUCUUGCCUCCAGACUGAAUUCGGCUUAAGACAGGUAUGAGCUGAUGUUGGAAACGGCUGUCAUCAUCUCCGAUAAUUAUGGCUGCAGUCGCCUGUGAGAAUUGUUCGUUUCUGAAUGUUCAAGAUGGCCAUAUUGCCCUGCCUUCUGAAGCUCAUGGAGCUCUGCUGCUUAUCAUGCUGGGGAAAGUAUUGCUCAGUGUGUUUCUCUUGCAAGUCAAAAAGCACAGUCACCAUGAAAGUUUUAUGAGCUACUUCUGCAUUUCACUAGCUAUCUUUGACGUGAUUCUUCUGGCGGUGAUGUCUUUCAUCUUCUGUUAUCAGAAUGUUAUGCUUUGGGAGAUUAGGCUUACUGAGUAUCACAUCUGUCUUUUGCCUCAGAUCACCGCCUUUCUCUAUGGUAUCUUACAUUACCCAAUUGCUUUUAUAGCUAGCUUGGAUUAUUUCCUUACAAUAACCCACACUUCCAAAUAUCGGAAUGUGUGUUGGAAAUCAGUGUACACAGUUGCUGUGUUACUUACAUGGAUUUCUGCUCUUGGUUAUGUUCUGACUCUUCCAGGCAGUUCUUUAUGGCUAAACGUAAACCAUGACAAUGAUGCAUAUCAAUGUCCUUUCUACAUCAGCAACCAAGCUUACUGGCUCUCACUUGGUAUGUUGUCCAUCGUAUGUCUGGUUCUUGUUUUCUGUUGGUCAGAAAUUGUGACUAUGGUGCAGUCUAUGCAGUUUAUUUUCUUUGAAAGGGAGAUUGUUCUGUUAUUUCCUUAUGAACUUGAAUGCAGCUCCAGAGAUGAUUCGAAACAUUUUUUGACAAGACUUCUGAUCAGCUUUAUGGGCACUUGGGCACCAUUUAUUAUGCUCCAAAUGAUCAUUGUGUUACUUAAUGCUGAGAUUCCUGCCUACAUCGAGAUGAAUGUCCCCUGGCUUUAUUUUGUCAACAGCUUUCUUAUUGGGAUUGCAUGUUGGCUGAGACGUCAACACAUUGAGUUCACUGAAGACUCUUGGGAUGUGGACCCAUUUGUCAGAUGGAAAUUCUGCUUUACUCCUUUCAACCUUCAAAAAACUGAUAAAGCUGUAAAGCUGGACACUGAAAUCAUAAUCUGUUAAUGAGCUAUUAUAGGAGAAGAACGUAGGCUGGAUUACAAUCAGUGGAGGAGGCUGCAAGUUAAGUUUGUGAACUACAGGAGAGAAAGAACACCAAAUGACAUAUUUGUUGGACAUUUUCUCAAGCUCCACUGUGUGUAUAGGAGCAUGGCACUACAAAUACUCUACUAUUUUCCACAUUGAAUUUCCAGUAUGGGUAGUUAUUUCAAAAUAAAGUAAAGAAGUCUUACUGUGUUGCUAUUGAUUGAUUGAUUAGGUAUUGGACUAGAACCACGGAGAUGUUUCUGGAUGGUUUGGGGCUAGUAAUACUUUCUCAAACCAGCCUACCUCACACGGUUGCUGUUGUACAGAUAAAAAUGGAGAUCCCUGUAUAAGCCUCCUUGAGAGAGUGGAAGGAAAGGGCGAA